AUCGAUAAUCGAGUGAAUCAACGGCGCCUCCCAUCGGAUCUUAUCCAUCACAAUGGCAGAUAAACCAAAUGCUCAGAAAAGUGUCAAAAUAGCCGCUGGAGCCGUAGUUUGUGUUGAAAGUGAAAUUAGAGGAGAUGUCACCAUAGGUCCCAGAACAGUAGUCCAUCCAAAAGCUCGUAUCAUUGCAGAGGCAGGACCCAUCGUAAUUGGAGAAGGCAAUUUGAUCGAGGAGCAAGCUCUGAUAAUUAAUGGUUACCCAGAAAACAUCACACCAGAGUCUGAGGUGGAACCAAAAACAAUGACCAUUGGCAUGAACAAUGUAUUUGAAGUUGGCUGUGUUUCACAAGCCCUGAAAAUUGGGGACAACAACGUGAUUGAAUCCAAAGCUGACGUCGGUAGGAAUGUGAUCCUCACCAGUGGCUGUAUCAUCGGAGCCUUCUGUCAGGUCAACACCUGUGAAGUCAUACCUGAGAACACAGUCAUCUACGGCUCUGGAUGUAUGAGGCGGGUUCAGACGGAGAGACCACAGCCCCAAACUCUUCAGCUCGACUUUCUGAUGAAGAUUUUGCCAAACUACCACCACCUGAAGAAAACGGUUAAAGCUGGCCACAACGCAAGCUAAAAUGCAACGUCACACUUUUUAAUUUGAAUUGUUAAUGGCUACCAAUCCCAUAUUUAAAUAGAUCUUUCUGGAAGGAAGCAUGAAUGUAUGUAAUUAAUAUAUGUACCUAGCUUCAUCAGUACUUUUUCUAACUUACUGAUAAAUAUUUUCUACUCUUUCUGCAACAGCUGAUUCAGCGUUUCCUCUUUCUCUUGCUGUGCUGAAGUACCCUUUUCUAUGAUUAAUUAAAUUACUUCAAAAAUG